AUGCCGGACCUUCAAAGAAUCCUCGAUGCAUGCUGGCGAUAUUCCUUUCCACUCGAAUUCGACGUCCCCGAAGAUUAUGUUAUAUCUGAAGAAGAACAAGCCAUGAUGGACAACGUCGAGCCAUCUCUCGUAGGCUGGGGGUUCACCGUCUACCGCACUUACUACGGCCUCGGCUCUGAUCAGAACUGGGACACUCUACGCAACAAGGCCAAAGUCGAAGCCGACAAGGGGCUCAUCGCCUGCGUGUAUGAUGUAAAUGACGAGAUUGCAGAAAAGCUUGAACCCCUCUUCCGUCUAGAUGCACGCUCUGACCCAGCCUUGCUCGACGGACUGAGUCUAGCAGAGCUGUGUAAGGUCUACAAAGACAAGACUAGCGGAGAACCCGAACCGGUCCAUCGAUGCUGUGUAUUUCUCGUCGCCGAUGAGCAGGUACUCAAGCAGAUAGGACGGGAAAACUUCAUUAUCAAAGCAGUGGACGCUGAUAGUCCUCCAUCUCCACAAGAAGGAGUCUCUGUUAGAUCGAGAAGCAAUGGGUUUUCUUGCGGUUGGCACGUGAUGGAAAUACGCCAGAUGCUCGAGUUUUGGGGUAUGCUCGACAUCUGCCUCCCCCAUCAAUGUAUGUGUUGGGCAGUGGAUGAGUCAGAGCUUUAUUAUAUGGUCUGGGAGGGCUGUGAUGGGAGCUGA